GCGCCAUCCCACGCCAAGUGAACAAAACGCUGCCGGAGAAGCGCGGGAAAAAUGGAUGCGACUGUCUUCUACGGAGCGAACUGUAUUUCCAAGCAUGGUUUGGAAAGAAAGAAGCUGGAUGAUGACACAGCUGAAAAAAUAUUUCGAAGAAUUGAAAACGGCGAUAUUUCUGACGCAGAUCUCUCUGAUGACGAGCACAGCGAGCAAGAGACACGGCAUACGACUUCUGCUACAGAUAGUACUGUGCAGCGUGCAGGAGCAUCGCCUGGAGCACCUUGCACGCAGGACAAGCAAGUGCCAGAUGCAUCAUCGAAGAAGAUGAAUGCGUUGAAUUGGGUGGCCCAAGCUUUUCAGCCUAAGAACACCGAUUGCACCUACAAGCCUCAAGGUGGAUCAGUACCUGAAGAGCCCAUGGCAUACUUCACUCGGUAUUUUUCACCCACGCUUUUUAGUGAUCUAGCAACAUUCACUAACAUGUACGUGCUCCAGACAGAUGGAAAUGUGCUAGGAACUUCUGCAGAAGAAAUCAAAGUUUUUUGUGGAAUUCUCAUGCUGAUGGGAAUUCUAAAAUUCCCGAGAAUUCGCAUGUAUUGGCAAGCCUCGACAAGAAUUCCAGCAAUAGCGGAAUCUAUGACGGCAAAGCGAUUUUUUAGAAUUAGAGCCGCACUGCACAUUACGGACUCAAACGCUCCUCGUGACCCAGCCAGCCAGGACAAGUUCUGGAAAGUGCGCCCUGUCAUAGAAGCCAUCAGGUCACGAUGCUUGCAGCUGGAACCCUUGGAGCACAAUAGUAUAGAUGAGCAAAUGAUUCCUUUCACAGGCCGUGUCCCUGCAAAACAGUUUGUGAAGGGAAAGCCAAAUCCAGAAGGGGUGAAGGUGUUCCUCCGCUGCAGCGCCGAUGGCUUAGCUCAUGACCUUGAACUGUACCAGGGUAAGGGAACAGGAGUCAGUGCGCAACAUGCACAUCUCGGACUUGGCGGGUCAGUCGUCAUGCGUCUUGUCGAGGCAAUGCCUAAGGGAAAGAACCUGAAGUGCUUCAUGGACAACUAUUUCACCUCAGUGCCACUCAUCCUGCAGCUGAAGGAAAUGGGCAUUCUUGCCAGCGGUACGAUACGAGCCAACCGCCUGCUGAAGUGCUGCUUAAAAAGCGAGAAAGAACUGAAGAAAGAAGGUCGGGGAAGCAUGGAUGAGAAGGUUUCCACGAAAGGAGACAUUGCUAUUGUGAGAUGGCAAGAUAACGGAGUCGUAAACAUGACAUCCACACAAAUUGGAAUUGGUAAUGUUGGUAAAGUUAAACGAUGGAGCGAGGCAACAAAGCAGCAUAUAGAAAUUGACUGCCCAGAAGUGAUUUUAAAGUACAACUUGUACAUGGGAGGGGUCGAUAAACUCGACUUCCUAAUGUCGCUGUACCCCCUUACGCUGGAUAGAAUACCUGAGAGACGCAAGUGCCGAGAACCUUGCACAGAAAAGUACUUUGGCCAUGAUGGCCUUCCAAACAGACAUUGCUAA